AUGAAGCAACCGACGCUCCAAGCUCGCCAGAUCUCGCUCUCGCCGUCUAACACCAGCAAAGGCUGCAACCCAUGGGACCUGGAUGAACAGUUCGGCCACCACGAAAUGCCCCACAAUCUCAAGGACAACAUUCUGGGAGUAACUCAGCAUCAAAAUCUAGGAAGUUUCCGUCACAAGUGUUAUGAGCAUUAUGUAAAAUAUGGUGAUGAUGCUAGAAGCAAUCCAUAUCCUCCCCUUAUUGAUAAUAUAGUUGGAGACUGGAUUUCGUUCUGUGAUCAUUUUGAAACAGAAGAAUUUAAGAAACGGUCCACAAUUGGGAAGGCUAACCGCUCAAACCUACCUUAUGUUCACAAGAAGGGAACAAAGUCAUUUGUAGCGGUUCAACAUGAAUUAAAGCAAAAAGAACCUAUAGAGGAGGGCGAAGUACCUUUAACAGAGCAACAGAUUUGCGAGCAGGUGCUUGGUAAGGAAUAUGGUUACAUUAGAGGUCGGGGUCAUGGACCAAAACCAAAUAGAAGGGCCUACUCAAGCGCAUCAAGCUCAACUCGGCAUGUAGUGGAAGAAUUGGCAUCUACAAAGGAGAUUGUUGCUACACAACAAACUCAAAUUGAGGCUCAACAAUCUCAGCUUGAAGCUCAACAGAAGAAGAUCGAUUGGCUACAGAGUGUCGUGUCUAACUUGGUUGGCAUUUCACCUCCUAUGGACGGCACUAGUGCGACAGGGCUUGGUUUCUUAACUGAUAGAUCUGUUUUGCGUCAGGCUACAUAUCUGUUUCUUCUGAUGGUUCUCUGGUCUCAGAUGGAGGGUCAAGGAGGUGAAGCAACUUUGGAGAGGUGUAGAGGACACGUGGGGAGUGAUCGGAGCAGUGCUAAACUAGAUGCCAAAAGAGUAGUUCCUGAUUUGCAAAUUCGGCUUACAAAUACUAGAUGUCAAAUACUAGAAUAGUUCCUUCUUGGUGACCGGAUCAUAUGUUUGGAGCAGUACUAAAGUUGGUACUUUGCAAAUACUAGAAUAUUAUUUCCUGAUGGUACUUAAGUUGUGAAACAAAAUUCGGCAUACAAAUGUUAGCAUCUAAUGAUUGGAUCAUAAGUUUACAAAUGCUGAUUCUGAACUUUUUCCCGUUGUA